CACGCCGUGGUGUGUCAACGUGCAGUCUGAAGAUGGAAACCGACAAAAAAGCAAAGCUCGAGUUUGCGGUACGGAUGACAUGCGACAGCUGCGUAAGGACAGUCAAAGGUGCACUGGAAAAGGCGCCCGGUGUACACUCAGUGCACAUAGACUUGGAAAAGGAGGAAGUGUUGGUGGAGACAGCCUUGACAUCUCUUGAGAUUCAGUCUCUGAUUGAGAGCACAGGUCGGCGGGCGGUGCUUAAAGGCAUGGGUGGCUCUGGGCAAGACCUGGGGACUGCCGUGGCGAUGGUGGGCGGAGUCGGGCUGGUGAAGGGGGUGGUGCGUUUCCUGCAGCUCUCACAGGACCAGUGUUUGAUUGACGGCACGAUUGACGGCCUGCAGCCUGGGCCUCAUGGCCUCCAUGUCCACGAGCUGGGUGACCUCACUCAGGACUGCACGAGCUGUGGUGAACAUUUCAAUCCCUUUGGUAAACAACAUGGCGGUCCACAAGACACAGAGAGGCAUGUUGGAGACCUGGGGAAUAUCUUCGCUGGACCAGAUGGUAGAGCUUCCUUCAGACUAGAGGACUCACACCUCAAGGUCUGGGAUGUGAUUGGUCGCUCCUUGGUGGUGGAUUCUGGAGAGGAUGAUCUUGGAAGAGGAGGUCACCCUCUGUCCAAGCAGACAGGAAACUCAGGAGAAAGGCUGGCGUGUGGAAUCAUCGCUCGGUCAGCGGGGUUAUUUCAGAACCCUAAGCAGAUCUGUGCCUGCGACGGGGUAACAAUCUGGGAGGAACGAGAUCGCCCCCUAGCGGGCAAGGGGCGUAAGGUCACAGAUCCGCCGUCAGCUAAUCUUUAACACUUUUGUUUUCAUAACUAGUUUGAUCAGCUACAAAGAGAGAGAGAGAGAGAGA